AUGACCUACCAAAUCGCCUCGCACGCGACCCUCUCCCCCCCGCGCGCCGCGGCGAUGAUCUCCUUCCUGGAAUCCUUCUACCGCACCAGCGACACCGAAUCCGCUCACGACCAAUACGUCCAGAACUUCACGGAAGAUGCCACGUUGAUCAUGGGGCCGAAGACGGCCAAGGGACGUGACGAAAUCCGUACCCUCCGCCACGGCCUCUGGACGCACGUCGCCUCGCGCAAACACACCCCGGAGCGGGUGUACUUCGGCGGGGAGGGCGAGCUCAUGCUCUACGGGACGGUCAAGUACGUUCUGCGGAAUGAUCCGGGGAAUGAGGUCGAGGUGCCGUGGGCGGGGAGGGUGGUUUUUGAUGGUGAGGAGGGGGAAUUGAAGAUGCGGUUUUAUCAGGUUUAUUUGGAUCCUAGUGCACAGUCGGGGAGGAAGUAG